AUGAAGACCUCUGUGCUCUUAGCAGUGACCUCGAUCUGUUCUGAUGAUUGGUUGCUAGUCAGAAUGAAAAGAAGGCCCUUUGAUAAUGACACAGAAGUUAACAUUGGCGACAUUCACCUGGGAGAUGACUGUCCUGUGACAAGGGUGCUGUCAUCCAACUAUGAGUUUUCUUAUCCUGUCAUUCGCUGUGGGAUCAAUAAAUUUGUGUUCCAAGGGACUGAUGUUUUCAUAUUAUCCACAAUGAGUUACCAACCAACAUUGGAUACCGCCUAUACAUUUCAGGUGGUUUGCUUUGCGAAGAGGCUUCAAUUCUCAUCUCUGAUGCCUUUUGGAAUGAAUGGGUAUGAUGCCAAUAUGUUGGGUGAUAGCUUUGAAGUGACAAAAGAAGGGCAAUCAUUGUCAGCUCCCUCGCAGAGCAAAGAAUGUGAGCCUCAUUUUGGCAGUUACAAUAAGGAACAACUCUUCAUGAAUCCCUGGACUAAUAAUGCCUGUGUUUCGACUUCCUCUCCUCCCUGA